UACAAAGAUCUCUUUCUUUCAAAUUCUCUUCCAUUUGAAGAGCUUCCUUUUUUUCGUUUUAGAAAACAUAGAAAUGGAAGAAACAAUCCAAGAUGUAGUUCGACCAGGAUGCAAGAACCGCGAGAAUCUCCACUCGAUUAUCUCCAAAAUCUCAGAGAAUGCGAGCACUGAGGAGCCAGGAAUGAGUGAUGAGGAACCUGGAUAUGAUCAAGGUACUCUGACAGAACAUAACAGUAUGAAAAGAAAAGUGGAGAGAAAAAGUGAAUCAAGUAGAAAACUUUUUAAAGAAGAUAAUGGCAAUGAGUCAGAUGCAUUUGUUGGAGAAGAAACUCUGGAAAGUGUCCACAUCUUUUCUGAUUUCCCACUGGAUGAUAGUGCACCUCAUUCAAUUGCCUCCAGUGUUCAGCAUGUUGAGGGUAUAAUGGAUCCACUACCUAUUUAUACCCAGGUUCCUAUUGACAGUCCCAAAGAAAAUGCUGUGAGCAACAGCGACAUUGAAGAUAAUACAGUUUGUGAAGAAGAAAUGAACCACAUGCAGCAGGUUGGUCUAGUUCCAGCAAAGAAAAGAAAAGAAGACAUARUAUCAAUUCCAUCAGAUGUCGAAGUUCCAUUUCAUUUCCAUAAAAAGUUAGAACAGUUGGAAAAGGAAGUACAGCAGCUCCAUAACAAAAAUCGUGCUCUGGAAGAAUCCUAUAAAAAACUCAGUGACCUGGUAGAAGCCCAGAACCACUUAUUAGCUAGUGGAGGACCAAUGUUACAGCGCAUGCCAACCCUAGCAUGCACUGCACCACAAACUAGAGAAGACUGUGUUAGCAUAGCYGACAUGCAACCCACAGACAAAAAAGUCAUUGCCACUGCCUCUAUACCAAGUUACGUCACAUCACAGUCUGUCACACAAUCUUCAGAGCUGGCAAGAAUGCAUGCUUCUUCUCCUUUGGUUACUAAGCAGAAUGGAGUGACUGCUUUCGAAUUGCCUCGCAGAGUUUCAGCCAAGGAAGUGCUCCACCUCUGGGAGUAUGGCUGUGAUGAAUUUCCACCUCUCAAGGACUGGACCCCAACCCAGAAGCUAAAGCAGCAAAGUAAAAUCUCAAGGUGGAAGAAGCUGGUGGAUAUUUUUCASAAUGGGUAUGGUGGAAACUGGAAUGACUUUGAGAGGAGUUUCUCAGACAGCAAGGGAGAAGUCCUUCCUGUCACAACCAUUCUCUCUCUCUUUGAAACUCAACAGACACCUGCCUUUUUGUCUUCCGUGACACCAAUAAAAGAAAAUGGAGUACACAGUCCCCUAAGAAUUAAGGCAGAAGAAGAGGAUAAGUCCAAUUCAAGAACACAUUUGCACUCAGAUGGAGACAGUGAGGUUUCAGAUGUUUCCAUGGACAAUCCUGAAGCAAAAGACAUGGAACAGAUACCAAAGGAACUUGGCAACUCUUUGAAACAUGAAAACCWUUCAGAAAGUCGCUACACACUACCAAGAAAAGUUACGCCAAGAGAYAUUGUCCGUCUGUGGGAGAAUGGAUGUGAAGACUUUCCGCCAGUGGGGGUGUGGUCAAGAGCACAAAAGAUUGGCCAGGAGACAAAGAUAUUUCGMUGGAAAAAAGUGGUGGACAUUUUCAAUGGUGAUUGCCAACGAAAUUGGGAAAUAUUCGAUAGAAAAUAUACCAAUGACAAAUCUCUUCCUCUCCCUAUAUCUGCCAUUAUUGCAAAGUAUGAUGCUGAGCAUGUUGUACAUGGACCCAUCUUUGAUACUAAAAUUAAAGGUGAACCCAGAAGAAAUUCAAUAAUYGCUGGAUUUGGCUCAAGUAGUUCAUUAGGAGAAACAGAGAAUGAGACAGUUAUCGUGAAGACAGAUCAAACCAUGGGACCUGUGGAGGUUAAAAUUGAAAUACCAAACCUGGGACCUGAUUCUGAUGAUGUUUUCUCUUUCUCGGCCAGCGAUAGUGCCUUUGGAUCUCAAGAAUCGUUAGGCCGCUGCACAUUGAUCACAACUGAGGCCAGCACAACAGAAGACCAUAAAUUUGGACUUGACUGCAAACCAUUUAGGGAGAGUUGCACAUCUCCAAGAGAAGAUAAAUACGUCCUUCCACGYAAAGUAACAGCUAAAGAUGUGAUAAAGAUGUGGGAACAAGGCUAUGAAGACACRCCACCAYUAUCCACAUGGAGUCCAGCUCAAAAGGCAGGUCAGCGCAGCAAAUUCUCUCGCUGGGCCAAGAUAUAUGACAUUUUCAAGUACCACUGCAAAGGUGACAUGGAAGAAUUUGAACGCACGUUUUCUGAUGAGAAAGGUGAAUUGAUUCCUAUUACCACGAUUGUAGCUAUGCAUGAUGCCAGAAAUACCAGUGCUCCUAAUAUCAGUGGUGUAUCAUUCAGCAGUCCUUCAAUGGUAGCACAGUCUAGCACAGAUGCAGAAUUAGAAAUUUAUCAGCUACCACGUAAAGUCAGUGCAAAGGAUGUUGUUCAGCUGUGGGAGGAGGGCUGUGAACGCUUUCCACCUGUUUCAAGGUGGCCCAAAAUUCAUCGAGUGGGUCAUGAAACAAAGCUCUUUAGAUGGAAAAAGAUAGUUGAUAUCUUCAGAAAAGACUGUGGUGGAAGCUGGGAAAAGUUUGAAGAGCGGUUUUGUAAUUCAAUGGGAGAACUGUUACCUAUUUCUGCAAUCUUGGCAAAGUAUGAUCUUGAAAAUGAACCAGUCUCAUACUUCAAACCAGUAAAUCUAAAUGGGUCUGUGAGGCAUUCAGUAGAUAAGCCUGGUCCAACAAUGGCUGACACUCCACACCUWAGUAGCAACUUGCCAGAAUCCACUGAAGAUAAUACSCAAACAAAAGACACCACUCCUUCCAAACCCAGCACACCACUACCAUCCAGGCCACCAGAGUUCAUUCUUCCCAAGAAAGUCAGUGCCYUAGAUGUAAUAUACUUAUGGGAGAAUGGUCUUGAUGAUAUGCCACCUGUAUGUCAGUGGUCAUCAGCUCAGAAAGCAAGCCAGAGAAGCAAGAUUUCAAGAUGGAAUAAGAUUGUGGAUAUAUUUAAGUAYGAGUGUUGUAGUGACAUUCGACAGUUUGAAGAGAAGUACAAGGAUGAGCGAGGGGAACUGAUGCCAAUCACUACCAUUCUCAACCUACAUGAUGCACAAGAUAAACCAUGGGAAAUGGAAUAGACUUGCUAUAUACAUGCUGACAUYAUAAUUGAACACUUAAAUGCUCAUUAAAAUCAGACUCUGGCUUUUGUAGGCUAAAUUGUCAUUUUAUACAAACUUUUUACUCUAAUGUUAUUCUUUUGUAGCAAACUUGUUUGGUGCAAAUUCACACUUUCUUGUCUUUAUUUAAAUAGAAAUUUUUGCCAAACRUAUAAGGGUUCCCAGUUCAUGAUUUGUUUCUUCCAAAGACUCURGCUUUAUUUUUCAUUUUCAAAAUUAUAGCAUAGCAUAGUUGGUAUCGAAAACCUCUCCUUGCUAGGUUUUUUAAAGUGAAUUUGUUUUCAUGUUUUUUSUAUUAAGAAAAURGAAAAAAGCAGCUUKGCUUUAAAUAUUUYYUUCUAGACUGUAAGUUGUUCUAUUUAUUCUUUUUUGCCCUCUUUCAAGCAGGUGCAACUUAAUAUUUUUAUUGUAUUUUAUUUGAUCCUUAAGCUGCGAGUAGUUUCAAAAGGGAAAACGGCAUUUAUUUCUAAAUAGAAAAGACAUCUCUAUGGUUCUAUAAAUGUUAAGCAAGUAUGUAAAUAGUUUUUGUGUGAAAAAAAGGGACAGGAUAGCAAUCCAAAUGCAUGCUACAUUUUGUAUGUGUGGGAUUGUUAGUCAUUCCAUCCUGUUCUAAAUUUUUAUUUUUCUAAAGUCUUGACAAUUUUAAAAGAAAAUAUGAUAUUUUAAAAGUACGUGAAUAAGUGUGUCUUGCUUAUGUUUAGCUAGCCAUGUAGGCCAAUUAUUAUGCUUUCCAUUAAAGCUUUUUUUCAUGUAAAUAGCGUUGCAUAAAAAGGCCAUUCAAUGAUGAUAAAAACAAAGAUUCCUUAUAGAAAACCAUUUGGGAUUAACUUGGAGUGGAAAYGUCUUGGAUAAUUUUUGAGCAUAUUUGGAUAGAGGCUUUUUCAAAACUUUAGUGAGGUAUUUAUCUUUUCAAAAUUGUAAGUCAGGGAUAUUUGAAACUUUUAAAAAAACAAUUUGUCUACAAAAUGCUGCCUCCUUGUGGGUGGUYUAAGUCUUUAUUCAACCUGUGUCAUUACAGUGCCCAAUAAGAUGUUGUAGGGUAUUAAUUUAAAGGCCUUGCAAAUUCAGUURAUGAUAGCCUAGUUGCAGGAACAACAAUCCAUCCAUUUUACAUUAGAAAUUUCAAUUUUAAAGGAAAAGGGAUCUUAUUAUCAUACUGCAAUCCAACUAGGCAGUAAUUAGAUAACUCUGCAAAGUUUCUAAUUUCUUUUUUUUCUUUUUUUCUUUUCAUUCAUUUCGUAGGCCCAUCAUUUUUUCCUCAAAAGAAACUGCGACUAACAUUACAACUAGAGUAUAUGUACAUAAAUAUAAGUUGCAGUGGAUUAAUGUACAUAAUUGCUUCUUAGCAAUAAUUCUURGCGUAUAUUCAACAAUUAACUAGUGACAAAUAUAUCCAAAUCCAGUGGUAUUUCGAGAACUUCCAUUAAUUUUUACUUGAUUGUAAUAAAUAAGUCAUAUUAAGUCAGUGGCCUUAUCAUUAGGGCCAGUCUAUAUUUUUAGAAUAAAAAGCAAAAUUUAA